AUGUUGCACGGUUUCUUUGCAUUCUACUUACAAUAUCUAUUUAGACUAAGUCCUUCGUUUGUCCUUUCGCAUAAUGAACUUUUUUCUGCUCGGCUUCAGCUAACUUGCAUGGCUUCAGAUGACCAUUUUUCACCGCCUGUAUCACCAAACUUGAACGAACAUAAAUCGACCACAAGUCACGAAUCGCCUGCCCGGCAGUCGCCAAAGCUCUCCAGCAUAUCUGUCCCUGAGGCCACUGACGGCAAACCGUCUACGUCCACUUCGUUGUGUGGUCCUAAUGAUAACAAUCAUACUCGAAAGAUUCUUCCACGUGUAUUGUCGCCCAGCUUGAAUGCUGUGUCCUCAAUCCGUGCGAACUCUAUGGCUGCAAUGAGGCCAUCACUACACCCAACAAGUGGCCUACGCAUUAUGCGGCCUGCAUUUCAAUCGCACGCUGAUUUCGCUUUUGAUUUCGAUGCAGAUGGUAUUCUGCGCAAUUUGCACACCGGAGAGCCACUAUCUACGAAAAUCAAUUUCACUGGCGCUUCUCUCAGACGUCAGGAAUUUAUCCGUGCGUAUGGAAACGAAAACGUAAUGGAGUCCACCACCGUUGUGGACGAUUCGGCGGCACCACAGGGAGAAUAA